AUGGCUGCUGGGGGCGGGCUGCAAGCGAGGCGGCGGCGGAGCCUUCCAGGCGGAAUCUCCAGUGCCCACCACGGCAGACCUUUGAAAGCCGUCGGCUGCGCAGCUGCUGCGCUGUGCGGACUGCUGUUGAGCCAUUUGCAUGGCAGUUUUGCAGCGUUCGCUCCCUCGGCUCUGUCGCGGCAACGCGCUGGGAGAGUGAGGCUUCUAGCAGCCUCCGACUCUGAGCUGACAUCCAAGAAGGCAGAUCUUGCAGAGCGCUUGAAGGCUGAGGCCAGCGCAGCAAAGAAGGCACGCUCCAAGGGCUUUGCCACUAACACGCAGAGCUUCGAGGCCCUCGUCGAGAGCUUCGAUUCCGAGAGGUUAGGUCCCGUGGAGGCCACAGACAAGCUCCUCACCACUGACGGCCUCCAGCAUGAUGACGCGAGUCUCAAGAAGCUGGAGAAAGCCACCUUGAAGU